GAAACAAAACGGUGUAAAAAAAAACGUUCCACCUCACAUAAUUCACUUUGAAUUUCAACCCAAUUUUUUUGUCUAUGGCUUCAAUGGAUGGUGGCUUUGUUGAUUGCCAUUGCCACAUCACAGCCUGUGAAUUUGCCGAGGAUUUAGAGGAUGUGAUCAAGAGGACCAGAGAGGCUGGAGUCAAAACACUUAUUUCUGUCACUGAAGAGCCCAGUGAGUUUGAAAGAGUUAUCCAGCUGUUUAAAAGCUACCCAGAUCUAGUUGCACCAUGUUUUGGAAUCCACCCAGUCCAAGGCUGUGGGUCCCAUGACCAGCACAGCGUGAAGAUUCAGGACUUGGAGCCUGCCUUACCCUUGUUCCAGAAGUACAGAGAUGACAUUGUUGCAGUUGGAGAGAUUGGUCUUGACUACACACCUUGGUAUGCCCCCACUUCUCAGGAGAGAGAGGAACAGCUGACUGUUUUCACCAAGCAAUUACAAAUAUCCAAGGAUCUGGAUUUGCCAGUGAACAUCCAUUCCCGAUCAGCUGCAAAGGUCACCAUAGCUACUCUGAAAGAACAGGGUAUCACUUGUGCUUUGCUGCACAACUUUGCAGGGAAACCAUCAGUGGCCAUGGAAGGAGUGCAGGCAGGGUACUUCUUCUCCUUCCCUCCAGCUGUCUGUAGGAAUGACCAGAAAGCCAAGCUGAUCAAACAGAUUCCAUUAGAACACAUCUGUCUGGAGACAGACUCUCCUGCCUUGGGACCAGAAAAACAUGUAAGGAAUGAACCCAAGAACAUUUCACUGGUCUGUGAGUACAUUGCUCAUGUCAAAGGAAUCACACCUCAAAUGGUAAUUCAUGCCACUACAGAUAAUGCCCUCAGAUUGUUCCCAAAAAUUAAGAGACUUGAGUGAUGCGUUGUGUAAUUAAUUUAAUGUUGUGUUAUCUCAUGCUGUGUCUCUGAAAAUGAAAUGGAAUUGUGAAAUAAAAUGCUCAAUCAA